AUGACACUGAGCCGCAGCAGCAGCAGCAGCAGCAGCAGCAGCGGCAGCCAUGUUGCGCCGCGCCGAUCGCGAGAUGGGCCGACAGCAGCAGGGCCGACAGCAGCAGGGCCGACAGCAGCAGCGCAGCUGGCCGACUCGCGUCUUGGGGCGCCGCCACAGCAAUCGUCGUCGCCGGCGCGCAGUCAAGGUCGUCGUCGACGUGCCAGUGCUCGCACCGCCGACGUCAAGGCAUCGGCUUCGGAUCGAGUCAAGUCGGCCCUCCAUCAGGCCGUGUCUCUGGAUCGGGAGGCGCCGAGGGGAGACAAAAGAGGCACGAAGCGCAUCCGCAUCAUAGCCCCCCUCGUCGCGCUGUACCGCAGAUGCAUCGUCGAGGGCCUCUUUCGCCUCAAGACUCUUCCGCCUACCAAGAAUGGACGCCACAUCCCCCUCAACCCUCGUCCCGGCCCCGAGUCCAACGGCGGCCUGGUUGACGAGCGCACCGACAAGCCCUACGUCAGCAACUUCAUCCGGUCCAGCCGGUACACCCCCUACGACUUCUUGCCCAAGCAGCUACUCUUCCAGUUCAGCAAGCUCGGCAACUUUUACUUUCUCGUCAUGGGCAUCCUGCAGAUGGUUCCCGGAUUGAGCACCGUCGGGCGCUGGACGACCGUCGUGCCUCUCAGCAUUUUUGUCGCCUUUAGCAUGGCCAAGGAAGGCUUGGACGACUACAGGCGUUAUCAACUCGACAAGGCAGAGAAUCGGAGCCAAGCAUGGGUCUUGGCCAGCGACAUCCAGAGACGGCAAGGGAAAGCCAUGGCCGGCACGGGGACAGCUGCCAAGCAAACCGACCAGAGUCCCGACUGGCUCUCCGUGCAGUGGCAGGACGUCCGAGUCGGCGACGUGGUGCGACUUUGCCGUGAUCAGGCCGUGCCCGCCGACAUGGUUCUGCUGCACGCCUCGGGCCCCAACGGCGUCGCCUACAUCGAAACCAUGGCGCUUGACGGCGAGACCAACCUCAAGAGCAAGCAGGCGUGCCCACUGCUGGCCGAGAGAUGCGCCACCGUCGACGGCAUCAAGUCGACCGUCGCUACCGUGAUCUCCGAAGACCCCAACCCGGACCUGUACAGCUACGACGCCAAGGUCGUCGCCGACGGCCAGGCGCUGCCGCUCGCGCUCGCCAACAUGGUGUACCGCGGAUCGACGCUGCGAAACACGGCCCAGGCCGUCGGGCUCGUCGUCAACUCAGGCGAAGAGUGCAAGAUCCGCAUCAACGCCCACAAGCACGUCGGCGCCAAGAAGCCCGCCAUGCAAUCCAUCAUCAACAAGAUGGUGCUUUUCCAGAUCGUCAUUGUCUGCGCGCUGGCUGGCGGGUUGACGGCCGGCUACUACCUAUGGGACGGCGCCGUGGAGAAGCACUCCUUUUACCUCGUCCACCCCGGCUCGUACGACGCCAGCGUCUCCUUCAGGGAGGUCUUUUUCGGCUACCUCAUCAUGUUCAACACGCUCAUCCCCCUCUCCCUGUACAUUAGCAUGGAGAUUGUCAAGCUCGGGCAGCUGGUCCUGAUGCAGGAUGUGCACAUGUACGACCCGGUGACGGACACGCCCAUGGUCGCCAACACGACCACCAUUCUCGAGAACCUGGGCCAGGUCACCCACGUCUUCUCGGACAAGACGGGCACCCUGACGGAGAAUCUGAUGCGCUUCCGGAAGCUGAGUGUUGCUGGCGUUGCCUGCUUCCACGACAUGGAUGUGCAAGGGGAUGAGCAGGCCAGGUCCAACAAGGUGGAAGCUGUGCAGAAGCGCGCCGAAGGCAAGGGGAGGUCAACAGUGGUCGUGCCCCAAGAAAAGACCAUUGACAAGGACGGCGAGCCAGGUUCCGAUGUCGGGGGCUUACCCGCGAUGGCGUCCUCUGUUCGAAGAAGCCCCGCUGGUCCGGGUGAACAGGCUGAGAUGAAGACGGAGGCGCUGCUGGACUACAUCCGGCAAAGGCCAAACACGACAUUUUCACGCAAGGCCCGGCACCUGUUGCUGUGCAUCGCCCUGUGUCACACUUGUCUACCCGAGGCCAAGGACGGCGGAGGGAUUGAGUUUCAGGCUGCUUCUCCCGACGAGCUCGCCCUAGUCGAGGCUGCCCGCGACCUCGGCCUCGUGCUCGUCGACCGUCCCGCCCAGUCGAUAACGCUGCAGAUUCGCGACGCCGAGGGUGGCCCGCAGCUCGAGACGUACCAGGUGCUCGACGUCAUCGACUUUAGCAGCCGGCGGAAACGCAUGUCCGUCAUCGUCAGGACGCCCGACGGCCGCAUCUGCGUCAUCUGCAAGGGAGCCGACAACGUCAUCAUGUCGAGGCUCAAGCUGAGCCACCUGGCGGAGCAGAAGGCGAGAGACAUUGGACGCCGUGCCAGCCUGCGCAAGACGUUUGAGCAGGACAAGGCGAUGCGCCGCAUGAGCGAGCAGGCCAGCGCGUGGGGGACGCCGCGGACCAGUUUCGCCCUCGGGCGUGCCGAGACGGGCGACCAGCUCGAGGGUCUUCGACGCAGCUUCGGAAGGCAGUCGACGGAUUUUGCGAGGCAUUCUCUGUCCGAGGGCGUCGCGUCGUGGGCCAUCAACAGGAGGCAGAGGGCGACGGAGGAGGCGGCGUCGCCUCGGGCCUCGGCCAAUCUCCUGCGCAGCCCGAGGCCGAGCCUCAGCCGCGUGCCGUCGGUGGACGGCAUGGACUGCGGCGGAGUCGUCGAUGCGGUGGCGGCCAACGAAGCCGUCGUUUUCGAAAAGUGCUUCCAGCACGUCGAUGACUUUGCGUGCGAGGGCCUGCGGACGUUGCUUUACGCGUAUCGCUACGUCGACGAGGAGACGUACGCGCGGUGGAAGCAGCUGUACCGGGAGGCGGAGACGAGCCUGGUGGACCGCCAGAGGCUCAUCGAGGAGGCGGGCGAGCAGAUUGAGACCAAGCUUGAGCUCGCGGGAGCGACGGCCAUCGAAGACAAGCUGCAAGACGGCGUCGCCGAGACGAUUGACAAGCUCCGGCGCGCCAACGUCAAGGUGUGGAUGCUGACGGGCGACAAGCGCGAGACGGCCAUCAACAUCGGGCACUCGGCGCGCCUGUGCAAGCCCUUUUCCGAGACGUACAUACUCGACGGCACGGCGGGCGGCGGCAGGCUGCGCGACGCCCUCCAGGCCACGCUCAACGACGUGUGUCGGGGUAUGGUGCCGCACUCGGUGGUGGUGGUGGACGGGCAGACGCUGGGGACCAUCGACGGCGACGAGCAGCUGCGGGUGCUGUUUAGCGACCUGGUGGUGCGCGUCGACUCGGUCAUUUGCUGCCGGGCGUCGCCGUCGCAAAAGGCCGAGCUCGUCAAGGCGAUCCGGCGGCGUCUGCCGGGGAGCAUGACGCUGGCCAUUGGCGACGGGGCCAACGACAUUGGCAUGAUCCAGGCGUCGCACGUCGGCAUCGGCAUCUCGGGCCGCGAGGGCCUCCAGGCGGCGCGCAUCGCCGACUACUCCAUCGCCCAGUUCCGCUUCCUGCAGCGGCUGCUCCUGGUCCACGGGCGGUGGAACUACAUCCGCACGGGCAAGUACGUGCUGGCCACGUUCUGGAAGGAGAUUGUCUUCUUUCUCGUGCAGGCGCACUACCAGCGCCUCGACGGCUACUCGGGCACCUCGCUCUUCGAGUCGUGGAGCCUGACCGUCUUCAACAGCGCCUUUACCUCGCUACCUGUGAUUCUGCUCGGCAUCUUCGAGAGGGACCUUGCCGCCGAAACGUUGCUGGCGGUGCCCGAGCUGUACACGUUUGGCCAGCGCGGGCUCGGCUUCAACUAUGCCCAGUACCUGGGAUGGAUCGUCAUGGGCGUGGCCGGCAGUGUUGCCAUUUCCCACACCGUCUUUGGCCUGUACGCGCCGGCGCUGUUUACCAUUGACACGAGCCUGUUUGCCAUGGGGGAUGUGUGCUUUACCGUUGCGGUUGUCUAUAUCAACAUCAAGCUCUUGAUCCUCGAACUCCACAGCAAGACGGUGGUCACAUUUGCCGGCUUCUUCAUCUCGGUGGCCGGCUGGUUUGCGUGGAACGUGGUCCUCUCGGCCGUCUACAGGCAGGUCACGGGCCCAUACGUUGUCCGCGACGCCUUCACGCACAACUUUGGCCGCCGCCCGCCGUGGUGGGCGGCCGUGGUGCUCGGCCUGGGGAUGCUGGUGGUGCUGGAGCUGGCGGUCCAGGGGCUGCGGCGCGUGUACUGGCCGACGGACCAGGACCUGGUGCAGCGCAUCGAAAAGGACGCGGCUGGCGACGAGACGUUGAUGCGCCACGCUGCGGAGAAUAAUCUGAAUGGCAACUGCGGCUAG